ACAUCCCAACGUCACAUCCGCUUAAAUACGCAUGAAAAAACGCAGCAAACGCUGUAUUUAUUUCGUAUUAAGCGCUAUUUCCAUUCAACAGUUUUGCACGUCCGUCAGUAUUGAAGUGCAGAGACGCACUUUUUAAAGUACGUCUGUAUUAAUAGCCUCAGUAAUGAAGGGCCCAAGUGCAGAGACUGAGGUGAUCGAGGACGCAACUGUUGACCCUAACAAUGAAGAACUCCCACCUUACCUGCGUGAAGAACCACCUGAGGACUUGGAGAAAGACCACCCUAAGACUGAAGCAGGUGUGGUGUGGAGAGUGACAGGCGGGCUGUUCAACCUCACCAGAGGAGCGGUGGGUGCCACCCUUGGGGGAGUGGCCUGGGUAGGCAGCAAGAGCUUUGAGCUGACCAAGACGGCUGUGACGAGCGUUCCUGCAGCUGGAGUGGGAUUGGUCAAAGGCGGUGUCUCCGUGGUGACGGGAGGUGUCGGGGCAGUGGGGUCUGCAGUGGCUGGUAAAGUUACACCAAAGAAAAAAGACAAGUCGGAUUAGACUGGCUGACUCGCUCUCACCCUUUGUUCGAUUCGGUGUGUCUGUGGUUGUCUGCCUGGAUUGUUUCAAGAGUGUUGAAAAGCAGGUGGCAGGUUCAUUUAGCCCAUGGGAAAAUUGCUGGUUUGGAUUCACCAAAUACAACCCCUACCUAGUUAAGUUAAUGUGAAGAACUGCAGCAUGGCAUAUAAAUACACUUCUAACAACAUUAGAAAGCUACUGCAGAGGUACAUGAGAUAAUUGGGAUCUAACGCCUUUUGUUUGCUAAUGUUUGUCUGUAUUUGUGUAUUUUGAGUGUCGACUGAAUCUGUAGUAUUAGUGCGACAAAGACUUACUUUGGGACAAAGAGGGAUCAAAUGCUGAUAUCAGACAUUCUUCAUUAAAUCGACCACUUCUUACAUAGGAAAUGUUAAAUACUAAUAUACCAGCAGUUUUUCUUAAAAAGAAAAUAUGGUUUAAUUAAAUGUUUCUGUAAUAUCAGUUCAAACACUCCAUGUGUACGCAAAAUAAGCUAGAAUUUAGCUCUAAUAUCUUGUUUCAAGCCCAUCUUUGAACAAAAUAAUGUGAGAUUGUUCUUAUUAUUAUUAUUUAACUCAUUAGUUUAAUGCACGUGGCAUUAGAUUACCUUUGUCAUCUGAUAAUGUUAUUUGACAUUUGCGUAGAUCACAUUUAAUGCUGAGUCUCAAGUGUAAACACUCCAUUUCGUAAGACAAUGUUUGAAUCUGUAGCCAGGAAACCAGUGCCUGGAGUUAAGAAAAUAAAUUAUUCACAUCUAAAAAAGGAUGCAAGGAAACAGAAACUACAAAUCUCUUUUUCCAGUCUAAACUACUUUUAAGCAAACCGCUUCAUUUUCUCUUUGCGAAACAUCGCUUGUAGUUCGUAGAGAUGAUGUUUUAUUGGCCGUACAUGUGCCUGAAUGUCUUGGGAGUUCUUAAAGCUCACUGUGCAGUGUUAAGUGUUUCAGAACAGUGCAAAAUAACCACAGGUGUAUUUCCGGCUACCCUUUUAAAGCUGUUUACAUCAUAGAACCAGCACAAUCGAAAAUGUCCACAUUUGAGUGUUUGUUCGUAUGUUUCUGUCAUUUUUCCCCACUGCUUAAAUGUUUACUUCCUUUUGUAGUUUAUGCUAAAAUAACAUAUUGCGUAUUAUUCAAUUGUUGCAAUGCAUGUUUGAAGCUCUAGUUCUCAGUACAACAUCCUGUUAAUUAUGAGUACAUAUGUCAGUUUUUUUUUCCAUGUUUCUUUUUGGUUUUGCUAUGUACACACUUUCUGGGUGGUACCCAUGUCUUGAAGAUGCUGUUACUAUUUACUGUACUUUUAAGACGAAGUAGAUUUUGUCUAUAAUAGAACUAUUUUUGCUAAAUUGAUGCUGUAUUCUACAAAUAAAACAUUCUGUAUUUUAGAAA